GCCAGACUGUCAAUGGCGGGAUACCAGCUCUGGUCACCAUGGACCCCACUGGAUGAGAGUUUCCAACGGCUGCGACACACAACACCUACACCUUCUUCCAAGCACCCCUUUAGGGCCUCCCCCUGCUUCCCACAUACCCCUUCUGACCUUGAAGUGCAGCUGUGCUUUCAAGAGGUCACUCUAGUCCUAGACAGCCCAUUCCUAGAAAUUGGGGUGACUCCCAAGUUACCCUGCCACACGUCAGAGCUCCAAACUAUGAACAACAAGAAAGGGCUGGUAAGGAAACCCCAGCCUGUCCGCCUCAAUGGAGUGGAUUCUGUCUUUGGCAGGGUUACCACAGCUCAGCCACCAAAGUGGACUGGGACCUUCAGAGUUUCAGACAACUCAGCCUUUUGCAAAAUCAUUACCUGGGAGCACCAGUGGCCCACUGGACUUAAGGAGCCUCAGAUUCAGAUGACAGUGACUAUGUGCAAACAAAUGCUGCGCUCAAUCCUCUUGCUACAUGCAACAUACAAGAAAUGCACCUUUGUCUUGCAAUACUCCAAGUAAAAGUCUCUGUCUGAUUCCUAGUUCCUCAUACCAUGUCCUUUGGUAUAUACCUGAAGCUUACAGAAAAAUGUUCAUGUGAACGAAACUGUGACAUCACCCCAACCAUCUUGCUUUUCUGUCAAACAGUGACAAUUCAGGAGCCCCUUC